CCCUCUGAAGAUGCUCUGCCUUUGUUACUAUUUCAAGACCCAACAAAUCCAUGCAAAUUGAUAAUAAAUCAACAUUAAGGUUGAAACACAAGUGUUUGGAUAACCUUUUAAUAUGGCGUUUAAGUGUUUUGAGGUCAUAGGUAGAGGAUAAAACCAUGAUAGGGUUAAUUUCCAUAGACCUACUACCCGGAUGCAGUCAUUCACAAGGGGCCUGACAGCAUCUGGUGUGCAGAGCCAUUAAAUCCCAUCCUCAUCCCUGCAAAGCCAGAUUGACAAUCCAUAACAGCAAAUCAGAAUCCCCCUUUAGAAUCCUUCUGGCCAAUCAGGUGUCAGUGGGGGUGGGUUCUUGGUCAGCAGUGAUCCUGUGGUUGCAGCAGCAUCCCUUUGAGCAGCCACUGUUGUGUGAAAUACAAGAACAAGGGGAAGAAAUACGGGAUCGUAGAGUUAAGGUUAGCAAUCUGAGACCAAGCUGGUAUCCGGUGGCAGCUAUCAGCGUUCUAUUACCUCUCUUUGUGGCAUCUGUUGUGGAAGAAAUGGCUGCAUCUUCAUUGUAAACAGCUUGUACCUGCAUUGCUAAGAGAAGCUGAGGAGGAGGGGCAACAGACACAGAGAAGACAUGCUCCCUCCAAUGAUAUUUUCUCUAUAGCUCUGCAUAUUAUGUUUGAAGGCAGAUACCAUUAUUCUUCCUGGCAUCUUGUAUCAUUUAUAACCACAUCCUACCACAACCGGGUAACAGUAACAGACCAGAGGAAGGAUCAUAUGGAAAAGACACCCUCUAGGCGCCAGCCACUCACGGGAACAAUGUCUUCACCAUCUGUGGACAAUUGUACAAGUUGAACUUCCAAACUUUAUUUCAUCCCACCUUCUGGACUGGACUUCUGGACCAUGUCUGCUACUACUGCAGCUCAGAGCACCCCCAGUCUCUUCUCCACCUCUCCCCCUCCCAUCUCCAGCUCUGUCCCCAUCCCGGCCCUGUCCACCGCGGCCAGAGAAAGCAUACGGACCACACUCAUGACUGUUACCAUAGCAACCAAUGAGACAGCCUUCAACGCUACAGCAUUCCCAAACGCGGCAGCAGCAGAGGCGUCGGGAAUGGGGAUGGUACUGCUGCCCUUCGGAAUCAUCACUGUUAUUGGAUUAGCUGUGGCAAUUAUGUUGUAUAUUCGAAAAAGGAAAAGGUUAGAGAAGCUGAGGCACCAGCUGAUGCCCAUGUACAACUUUGACCCUGCAGAGGAACAGGAUGACCUGCUGGAACAAGAGCUGCUUGACCAUGGGCGGGAUGGGACCAUCACCGGACCCAAUGCCAAGACUCUGACAACCUCCCAGGGCACGACACAGAGGCCCAGUCGACUGGUCUUCACAGAUGUAGCCAAAGCUCUCAACGCUUAACAAGAAACUUCCAUCUACUACAUUUAUCUACAAUAUGUAGUAGAUAUGUAACAGCACUGGCCUCACACAGAGCUUCUCACAAGAAGGGACAAGACUGAACUUUUAAUGAGCUGCGGUCAUAUGGGUUGAGUUCACAUGAUAUCACAACAUACUAGAAUAUAUAGUUUCAAACUGACUUGGAGGGCAGGUCUGAAUUCUAUGGUAGAAUUAGCUUUUCAACUGUCAAACUGCAGAUGUAUGUCCUGGUUUAUGGUGAAUAUAUUUGUAAUUACAGGGCCUAUCCACAUGAAACAAAAAGUUCAGUGUCUUCUCUGCCAGUUCAAGCGAAGGCAAGUUUCUAGACCCAAAAAUCUAUAUUAAAAAUCAUAAUCUAUUUCAGUGUUUGUGGAUUUUCUGUUUAGCUAUUUCUUUAUAGCGAUAACAAUGAAUCUUCCAUAGAGUUAUAAAGGCCCUUGCCCUCCAUCUGAAAUAAUGACAUCACAUUCUAGAGGUGAACAUGACCUAAUACACCCUAAUGUAUUUUGGAUUACAGGGAAGUGCAUGUUAGAAGUCACAAGGCAUCACAUUCUGUACGAUCUUGCACUGUUAUAUCUUCACAAUAUAAACUCAGUCGUGAUGCACUUUUUCAUGUCUUUAACUUCUCCAGAGCUUCUGUAUUUGAUAAAAGGGAGUGUACAUUUCUUUCUUUUAGUGUUUUUGUCCUCAGUCGAGCUUGAAUGAAAAUCUGUGUCUUCUUGAGUUGAUUUUGUUCAAUAAAGCAACACAGUGUAACUUUUUAGACAGUGUGCCAA